AUGGUUAAGAAGAAGGGAAAGAAGUUCAGGCCUAAUUUGAAACAUCUUGCAAAGAAACGGAAAGCAUUGGAGAAGAACAAAAAGAAAUGCCAGAGCACUGUAAAGGUCAUAAAAGAAAACUGGGAAUCCACUAAAACUCCUCGCGAGAAUGCACUUUCCAUGGGCUUGGCGUACAAUCCUAAUGAGGCAGUGCCGAUAGUGCAACCUCAUCGCGACAUUAUCGAUAUGGUAACCAUCGAAGAUAUGGAUCUGGCUGAAGCUCGAGCAUUAGGAACUGUAGCGGAGCAACGGCUUAAAAAGCAACAGGAGAAAAACGCUGUCCUUACAAAGGAGAAAGCUAUAAAAGUGGUCUCAACUCUGGAAACUGAAGCUGCUGAGCAACGAACUCUGCGAGAAUCUUCUGUGAGAACCGUGCGGCUACCAGACAGAGAUGUUGAAUUGUUGAUCUAUCUUUCUGAGAGAUACGGAGAUGAUUACAAGGCAAUGGCCGAGAUCCGAAAAGAUCUAUUUUCAAGUAUCUACACCUAA